AUGACCAAGCCACAGCCACCUCCAAUCCUCGAUUUCUCCGUCUUCUAUGGCCAUGACAGCCAAGCAAAAGCCCAGCUCGUGCAGCGAGUGCGCGAAUGCUGUCUGAACAACGGCUUCUUUCAGAUCACCGGCCACAAAGUCUCGCCAGAGUUGCAGCGGCGGACGUUCGACUGCGCCAAACGAUUCUUCGACCUACCACUUAUCGAAAAGAAGAAGAUUGAGCGAAGCCCCGAUGCCUUCAACCGUGGCUACGAAGCCUUCCAGUCACACAUGUCCCAGCCAGGCAGCGCUCCUGACCGGAAGGAGGGCCUUUUCCUGGGCCCAGACCUUGCAGAGGAUCAUCCGUACUGUGUUCAGAAGAAGCUGAAUUGCGGACCAAACCGGUGGCCCCAGGGACUCGACGACCUAGAAGAGUUCAAACUCGUCUCGAUGGAAUAUUAUGCCGCUCUGUUUCAGCUGGCAAAGGAUGUCGUUGCUGUGCUCGCCCUCACAAUGGAUUAUGAGGAGACAUUCUUUGAUCCCCUGACCGAGGGCGCCAUCGCCACGCUACGAUAUCUGCACUAUCCACCUCAACCCGUGGGUGACGCUGAGGCGGGGCUGGGGACUGGUGCCCAUCGGGACUACAGUUGUAUCACUCUGCUCCUGCAAGACGGAACUGGCGGCCUUCAGGUUUUGGAUGAGCCCACCGGACAAUGGCUGGAUGUUAAACCAGUCCCCGGGGCAUACAUCGUCAAUCUGGCUAAUGUAUUCGCGCGCAUGACAAACGGACACUACAAAUCUGCUCUACAUCGGGUGGUCAAUAAGUCUGGGAUGGAGCGCUAUUCGAUCCCGUUCUUCUUCACUGGCAACCCGGACUAUGUGUGCGAGUGCUUGUCGCGAUUCCGGAAAGAGGGAGAGCCGGUCAGACAUCCUCCUGCCACGGUGCAUGAGGUGGUUGCGGAAGCAGUGAGAGGCACCGUCGAGAGAGCAAACCGUUAUAAUGCGGAACGUCAGGGGAUCCACGCGGCGCAGUAA